GGAGAGGGCGGGGGGAGGAAAGAGGCCGCAGACGCCCGAGCCCUGACCCACCGGCAGGCAGGGGCUGCGGCGGCGCCGGUGAGUGACCCGCGGCCCGACUCGGUCCCCCUCCCUCCGCGACCCUCACUCUUUCUGAAGUCCCAAAUAGCUUCCGUUGUCCCCUGCUGGUCUCGGACCCCCGUUAUCUCCGGAGGUCUCCUCAAUUCCUGGCAAUCCCAGCGCCCCCACAAUCCCCGCAGACCCUAAUCCCUAAUAUUUUAUGGUCCCAGCUCUGUCGCUGACCCAUUAGCUCCCAUCUCACCGCUAUUUCCUGACAUAUCCUCUCAGGGCCCCGUCUCAUGGGUCUUCCAGACCCCCCAUUGCCCUCGGAACCCCCAGAGCGCCUCUCUGCUCUAGAUGUCCUCUUGCUGCAGAGUCCCUUCGGCUUCUCCUUAUCCCCAUGCUUCUUCGGCCCCCGAGACAUCCGCAUUCUCCUUCCCUUUGCUCUUCUCCCGUGCCCCCGUUCUCCUCUAACUCCUGCAGACACCUCCUUUCCUUCCACUUUUCUUUAUUUCCCUCCAUCCCUCCAGACCCUCCCCCAAUUUCCAUCAACUCCUUGGCGAGGCACUCUGCGCCGCGAGAAGCACAGAAUGAGCGCUCAGCCGGUGUCAGCUAUCAGUAGGCACUUCUGACAGCCCGCCGUCCCCGCCCCCGCCCCCGCCCCCACCCCUGCCCAGGGGACUUAGGAGCCCUUGUCCGGGCGGCGGGGGACACUGAGCCCCGGCCAGCGCUGUACGCCCUUUGCCCGCAGCGACGGCGCCCCCCAUGCGCCAGGCGGCCGGACAGCGGCGUCGGGGGGCGCCAUGGCCUCAGCGGCGGCGGGCGAAGCGGAGGAAACCACCCGGCUGCGCAAGCCGCGCUUCUCGUUCGAAGAGAACCAGAUCCUGAUCCGGGAGGUGCGCGCCCACUACCCGCAGCUCUACGGCGCGCAGAGCCGUCGGGUGAGCGUGGCGGAGCGGCGGCGCGUGUGGGACGGCAUAGCCGCCAAGAUCAACGGCAUCACCAGCUGGAAGCGCACGGGCCAAGAGGUGCAGAAGCGCUGGAACGACUUCAAGCGCCGCACCAAGGAGAAGCUGGCCCGCGUGCCGCACUCCACGCAGGGUGCCGGGCCCGCCGCUGAGGACGCCUUCUCCGCGGAGGAGGAGACCAUUUUCGCCAUCCUGGGCCCUGGUGUGGGGGGAUCAGGGGCUGGUGCCCGGCCAGAGGAGCCCCCUGCAGCCGCCCCCUCACAGCCGCCCGUCUCCUCACAGCCGCCCGCCCCUAGCGCCUGUGCCCAGCGCUAUGUGUUGUCUGAGGACCGCAGGGAGGACCGACGGGCAGAUACACCAGCCCUCAGCAAGGGGGGCUCCAGCAGCCCGGAGCCCUGGGCCCGGCCCUCCUGCAACCCCCAGGAAGGGGGCUGCCCACGGUCCAAGGAGCGUGAGUCCCCGCCCCCUCCGGCCUUGCAGACGGUCCAGCUGCCCCGCCUGGCCUUGUCUCCACCACCCUCUGCCCCUCCACCGCCACCCGCGCCGCUGGCCCAAGUGGCACCGUCAUCUCCCAGCCCCCCGCCCCCUCCUAGACCUCCUCCCACGCCCGCGGUCCCAGACCCCUCCCUGGACUUCCUGCGGGCCCAGCAGGAGACUGCCAAUGCCAUCCGGGAGCUGGCUGGCACCCUUCGGCAGGGACUGGCCAAACUGAGCGAGGCCCUCAGCGCCCUGCUGCCCCUUCUGCCGGGAACCCCGGUCGACCCGGUUCCCUGCGCGGAAGAGGCGGGGCCGGUGGAAAUCGCCCUGAAACCUCCGCUGCCCGCGCUGCUGCCUGCGCCCCCUUCCCCCAGCUUGGCGCAGUCGCGAGAGGGGCGAUGCUGCGACCCCUCCCUGCUGCACCCUGGCUCCCUGCUCCGGGGCGGCCUCUGGGGCAGAAGGAGGAGGUGGAGGCGGCGGCGGCCGUUGCAGCAGCGGCGGCGGCGAGAGCGGCGGGACCCCGAGGCGGCGGCGCCCGCGGCCCAUCGCGGGGCGCGAGCUGUGCGCCUCAGCUCGCAGCCCGGACCGAGUGGGGGCGCCGACGAGCCUCUGUCUGCCUUUUCAAGGGAGGCGGGAGUGAGGAAAAAGGCUUAG